AUGUUAAUUAAUUUUAAUGAGGUGCUUUUAGGAAUUUUAGUGUAUUUUUUAGGGCUAAUAAGUUUUUUGAGAAAUCGUAAGCAUUUAUUAUCAAUAUUGUUAAGAUUGGAAUUUAUAGUUUUAGGUAGAUUUUUGUUAAUGGUUCGUUUAGUGGGGGGAAGAUUGGGGGAAGAGAGAUUUUUAUUGUUUUUUCUUACAAUAGUUGUAUGCGAGGGCAGAUUAGGGUUAAGAAUUCUUGUAUUAGUGAUUCGGUCUCAUGGUAAUGAUUAUUUUUCAAGAAUGAAGUUACUUGAAUGUUAG